GCCAAAAAAGAAAAGGAAGAGAAGAGAAGAGAAGAGAAGAGGAGCCUCCUCCUCCAUCCUUGUCUGGGCUGAGCUGGGGCAGGAUCUGCACUGGGCUCUUUCCUUGACGCGCGAUCAGAGCAGAGCAGAGCCAUCAGCUGGGAUGAAGGCUUCCUUCGCGAUCCUCCUGGCCUCCUGCCUUUGUCUGGGGAGAGUUUUCUCACUGGUGUGCUGGUCUUGCAAUGGAGUCCAGUCCAACUGGGACUGCUGGAGGUGGCAGAUUUGUUCCGACUCUGACAACUUUUGUGCUACGACAUACGUGGGAGCAGGAAUUGGUGAAUAUUCUACCCAGUCCAUCAGCAAAGGCUGUGUUGCUGUUUGCCCGCAAUCAGGGAUCAAUGUCGGCAUUGCAGCUGUGUCGGUGAAAUGCUGCUCGUCUUUCUUGUGCAACACCAGCGGAGCCUCCAGCGUCAAAACCAACCAUUUGGUCUUGGCCGUGGGAAUCCUGGCCAGCUUUUUCUAUCUCUUUGGACAUAGGUUGUGAUUGCACAGUUUCUGCACGCAGUAGCUUUCACUUCACCGAGAAGCCCAAAAUGUUGGAGAAAUCACAUAUAUUCCUUAAUAGCAUUGUAAUCCUCUAUCUCUUUUAAUCACAUUGUUUGUACCAUAACCAGAUAGAUCCUUCAAGAGGACAACACAGCCCUCUUGUGGCAGGAGGUGUUUUAUGCACACCUUGAUGUAAACCCCUCAAAUAUUGGAGGGGAUUGUGUGCCAAAUUUAGCCAACGCUUACUCAUCCCCGGCAACAUAACAUUCCUAAUCUCUUUGGAGGAACUGAAAUUGUCCCAGAAGCCUUAAACAUGUUUUGCUUGAUGGAGCACCAGGUGGGAAGACCGUGACCGUGUGUGUGUGUGUGUGUGUGUGAUAUAACACUUGAUGAAACCGUUUUGUUUUAUUUUGUAAAUGAUUGACAGGAACCCAAUUUUUUUGUCUGUUACAUUUUACUUAAAAGAGGCAUGUGGGAUGAUGGGACAUCACAGUGCUGUUCAACACUUUCUCCUGUGCUUUUUGAGUUCCAAUAAAAGAUGCUUGGAUUCUUAA